GUCGUCUUCUUCGUCGCUCGUAAACAUUGCACGAAGCGUCCAUGGGACCGGCGCCACCUGCCGGCGAGUCCGAGACGAGCAGAGAUGGCGGAUUACGAGCGCAGCGGCAAGAGUUGCACCGACGACGGAGGGCCGCAGGAGGAGAGGGGCAGAGUGAAAACUAAGCCUGUCUCUUGUAGCACUGUGGGAGGAGAGGGGACCGCCACCAAACGCACAUCCCAGCAUCUCUCAUCCGAGGAUGAAGAUGAGUCUUCGCCAGACCCACCAGCGCCACGCAAAAUCUCCAAAAUGGGCUUUAGCAUGACCAGUCCGAUGGGGAAGAAGGCGAUCCCCAUAACAAUCAAACUUGGAGCAACAAAACCCAAAGAGCCUGUACCAUCAAUCCCUCCAAAAAAGCCAGGAUUGGCAUCUGUUUUUAAUGAAGACGAUGAUAGUGAACCCGAGGAGAUGCCUCCAGAAGCAAAGAUGAGGAUGAAGAACAUUGGCAGGGAGACGCCAACAUCUGCGGGACCUAAUUCCUUCAACAAGGGCAAGCAAGGCUUCUCUGAUAACCAAAAACUUUGGGAAAGGAAGCUGAAGGCCCACUCAGACAAAAAGUAAACAACUACCAGAGUGUUUGUCACUAAUUGAUUAUUUUGUAUUGGUUGAAAAUCUAUGAAGGCUCAAGUGAUUCCUCACUGUAUCCUCAGUUUUGACAAUUUACCACCUUUGUAGGCAUGCGGUGAAUAAUAACUUAAGCCUUCUGUGAUACUCUGUGACUGAUCUCACAUAUACAUGUUUAACCACUGUUGGCUUAUGAGAAGCCAAUGUGAUGAGAGGUGUAGAGUGCUGUGUUGAAGAGAUAUGGGGCAAAUAAAUUAGCCACACUUGUUUAAACUGUAUACAAUUGGCUAAUGGUAAAAUCUAGCAUCUUUUAGAGCCAUCAUGCCCCCUUUACAUCUUGCUUAUUCCUCUCUAAAGCUGGUCAUGUGUGAUCCCGAGCAACUCUUAAUUUUACUUGUCUAAUAUUUGUGUAAAAAUGUACAUAGUGUGAUAAUGUUUUUUGUUGUUUUUUUUAUCCGCAAAUGAGAGUGAUUGUCAUGUUAAUGUGGGGAUCAAGUGGGACGCAGACUAGACAUGCAGAAUUAUUGUUUGGUUUCAUUUAGUUUCUCAGCGUCAAUGUACAACCCCUUUUUUUAGUUUGAUAUAUAACAGGAACUUUAUCAUUGUUAAUCAACAACUCUUUGUUCACACCAACUGUGCCCAUGAGGUGCAUGGGCAGCAUUUCGUUUGAUUUUUAAGGUUUUUCCUUCAACAUUUUUUCUGGUUUGGCUUAAUCAAAACUGAUUUCUUUCCAUUUCACUGAAAGGGGCAGCAAGCGAUUUUGAUCAAAUAAAACUUUUUGUAAAGUUCAGCGAAUAUAUUCCCUCACGGUCCGCAAGCUGUCUGUUCUGUGUGCUGGGAAAAAAUAACAGUUUUUUCAGCGCAGCCCUGGCUCUUUAAAUUGAAAACAAAAUGGUGCGAACCGCACCUCACGACACUUGUGUGUGCAGUUUGUAAACUACAUAACCCGACAUCUUAAGAGACGUGCUAGCGACAGACGCUACUGUACGACUCAGGGCUUUUGGCAUCAUGGUUUGCACGUCUGUCUCGCUUACCUGAGACUGCGGGUUAGAGCGGUGACCAGUGCAGUCAAGAAAAUAAUAGAAAAUCGCUGACUGGCCCUUUAAUCUAGGACAUUUAUUUACCCUUCCAAUGGGUCUGUUUUCAUUUUUAUUUUCACUCCUGAAGGACUAAUAAUGUGUUUUUUGUUGACAAUUACGUGAGGAUCAGAAUCAUACAGCCAUAACAUGAAUACGGGGGCGCUGGUAACAGUUACAACCAACGAUUUCUGGGAGGGUUUAGCUAUCCGUUAAUAAUGAUUAUGCUCGUUUACAAACAUUUUCCAUCGACACUAACACUAGAAAAACCCACAUUUCAGAAAUCUAGCCCCAAUCCUUAGAUUAAGAUACCUGCAGCACCUCUGUGACUCCUCCUGUGCCCGAAUCUCUGAUAAAAAUUCCCUUGAUCAAAAGUGUAAACUUUGAAUUUCCUGCGUGGUUUACCUCACAUUGUGCAGAAUUUCCCAAACGAUUUACAUCAAUAUCCACUGCUGUGACCUGUUUUGUCAAACAGAACUCUCUUGAAAACAUUUAAAAUGCAUUAAAAAAACCCCACAAAAUCUUG